AUGGAGCCCUACACUUCUUCACGGCUGCUCUGGCGCGGCGGCCUACAGGCAAGCUGGGAGGAGGUGGAGUCGGAGUUUUGGCGGCUGGUGGAGGAGGGCGAGGAGCAGGUGGAGGUGCUGAUGGCCGUCGACUUGGACAGCGCGGUGUACGGCACCGGCUUCCCUCGAUGCGAUGGCAGCGCAGCGCCGCCAUCGCCGUAUGCGGUACACAAGUGGAAUCUUAACAACUUGCCCCGCCUGGAGGGUCCGCAUCCCUCUCUGCUGCGCCACGUGUCUGCCCCCCUCCCCGGAUUAACGACUCCCUGGCUUCAAGUGGGCAUGAUGUUUUCUUCUACCACAUGGCACCUGGAGGAACACCUUAUGUACGACGUCAGCUAUAAUCAUCUGGGUGAUCCGCGUCGCUGCUACGCCGUGCCCAACUCACACCGCGCGGCCUUCGAGGCGGCAGUCCGGGACGCCAUGCCCGCCGGCGCCAGCGGCGCAGGUGACGGCUCGCAGCAGCUGAUGCUUGCGCAGCUCCCGCGGGCGCUGCGUGCCGCUGGCGUGCUUGUGUACAGCGUAACACAGGCAGCGGGUGAGUUUGUGGUGACGUGGCCUGGCGCCUACCACGCGGCCGUGGGCCUGGGUGUGCAUGUGGAGGAGCACAUCAGCAUGGCACCACCCGACUGGUUGAGAUUCGCGGAGGAGGCGGAGCGGCGACAGCGGCUGAGCCGCCGCAAACCGGCCUUUAACCAGCAGGAGAUGCUGCUACAUGCAGCUCGCGGUGAAUGCAGUCCCAGCUUAGCCACAUUUUUGGUUCCGGAGCUGUGUCGAGUGAUAGAACAGGAACAUCGCCUCCGGUUGGCGCUGUGGGAGCAAGGUACGACGCAGUUGUUCAUGCCUUGUGAAGCCGUACAAGCUUUACAAUCUGAUCCGCACGAGUGUGCGGUGUGUCGUUCCAUGCUGCAUCUGAGUGGUGUGGAGUGUUGCCGGUGCCCGGCCGGCCGUAUCGUGUGCCUGCACCACGCGGGGGCACUGUGCGGCUGCCCUCCGGAUCGGCGACGACUUGCGUUCCGUCACAGCAUUAAGGAGCUGCACCAGGUGCGUCUUCCCGAUUUGGUUGGGACUGCUGCUGGCUGA